AUGUACACAAAUGCAUCUUCUUCAGUUUUAUUAACAUUGGAAACACUGGGUUUACCUAAUAGAUACAUCUACCCAGCAUUUUUGUUUGGGACUUUAACAUAUCUGUUUAUUAUGUUUUGCAACUUGUUGGUAUUAACAACUAUUGCUUGUAGUGCAAAUCUUCAUAAGCCCAUGUUUAUCCUGCUGUUCAACUUGCCCAUCAGUGACAUGUUGGGUGCUACAGCCUUUUUCCCUCAGCUUGUUUACAGCAUUGUGACACAGAACAGACUGAUUUCCCUUCCUGCAUGUGUUAUUCAGGCUUUUCUGCUUCAUGUCUAUGGUACUGGAAACUUGCUGACCUUGACCGCCAUGGCAUAUGACAGAUACAUUGCUAUAUGUUGUCCUUUAAAGUAUAAUAACAUCAUGAAUCCACAAACCUUACUUAAAAUUAUUGUUUCCAUAUGGUCGAUCAAUAUUUCACUAAUGGUCGUGCUGUUUUCAUUACUUGCACGGCUUAAAAUUUGCAGGACAAAUGUAGUAGAUUUGUGCUGUAACAAUCCAUCAAUUGUGAAACUGACCUGUGACGACACCAGACUGAACAACUACUACGGACUGUUCACUAUAUUCAUAUGUCAGAUUGGACCUCUGUCAGUGAUGCUGUACACAUAUGCACAGAUUUUGCGUACAUGUGUUAUGACUAACCAGCCUGAUGCCCGAAAAAAAGCCAUUCAGACAUGUGGCACACAUUUAACCAUUUACCUUAUUCUACAAAUCAACACUCUGGCUACACUCCUCGCUCAUCGCUUUGAGAGUGUGUCCCCUUUACUGAGAAGAGCUCUGGGUGUGUCAGUUUUAAUUUUCCCCCCGUUUUUGGACCCAGUUAUUUAUGGACUGAAAACCAAAGAACUCAAGCAGAGCAUUCGCAUAUUCUUAAAGAGAAAUGUGAAUUAA